AUGGGGCUCUGCUUCUCGUUCGACUGCGGUGACUGUGACAUUUGCUGCAAUCCUUGCUGUUUAGCGCUAAGUGCUUGCUGCCUGGUGCCGUGCCUGUGUCCAAACGCUUGCGGUCAGCAACAGCCCCCACCACAGACAGUCACAGUUGUGCAACAUCCACCUAUGGUCAUAGAACAACACCCACCUCCACCUGGCUAUCCGUAUCCACCACCUCAUGGAUAUCCACCACCACAUGGUUACCCCCAGCCUGGUGGUUACCCGCCACCUCCUGGGGCGUACCCAUACCUAUCGUUAAAUACGUGUGACAUAGGAUGGGUUGUAACUUCUCAUGUCGUCCAUGUUGCUGUUGCUGCAUUCCGUGCCUGUGCUGCGACUGUUGCACUCCACCCCCGACCCGUACCACCGUGGUGCACCACGUUACCACAGUCCAGCCAUCCCCACACCAUACAGUUGUCACGGGCUACCCUCCACAACCUGGAUACCCGCAACCUGGAUACCCACAACCUGAAUAUCCCCAACCUGGAUACCCACAACCUGGAUACCCACAACCUGGUUACCCACAACCUGGUUACCCUGGUUCGAUGUUACGAUGAAGUGGAUUUUCUUAAGAAUGGUACGCUACGUCUAAAAUCCUCUAUGUUGCUGUUGCUGAAUUCUCUGUUUGUGCCAUGA